CUGAGUCUUAGACAGAAGCCAAAAGCUUUGAAAGUGCUCACCAACUUGCCAACAGGAGAGAAACACAAGACCAGAAGCAAACGCUAUGUUUCUUAUGCCAGUGUCUGUAGGGAUCCUUUUCAGUCUCUCACUGAAUUUAUGGCUCUGUGAGGCUGCAAGUGUGAUCAUUUUGGAUCAACAAGACGUACCAUAUAUCAAAACCGGUGAUACCAAAGCCAAUCUUGAGGAUGCAGUACUUCAGGGCAGAAUUAAAUAUGCUGCUCGAAGCUGCAAGGAACUGCACGAAAAGUAUCAGGUUUAUGACGAUGGCCUGUACUAUCUGAACUCAUCAAGAGGAGUCCUUUACCAGACGUUCUGUGAUAUGACCACUGCGGGCGGCGGCUGGACACUGGUUGCCAGUGUUCAUGAAAACAACAUGUAUGGAAAGUGUACUGUUGGUGAUCGCUGGUCUAGUCAGCAGGGCAAUGACCCAAACCGGCCUGAUGGUGACGGGACAUGGGCAAACACAGUCACAUUCGGAACAGCAGAGGCCUCUACAAGUGAUGAUUAUAAGAAUCCUGGAUACUAUGAUAUUGCAGCACAAGAUGUGUCUGUGUGGCAUGUUCCUAAUAAUAAUGAGUUGGAACAGUGGUCUGCUACAUCCCUCCUGCGAUACCACACUGAAAAUCACUUCCUAACCCUCUAUGGAGGAAAUCUUUUCAAUUUAUUUAAGAAAUACCCAGUGAGGUUUGGAGCCGGGGCAUGCCUCGCUGAUAAUGGACCUGCUAUUCCAAUAGUGUAUGACACUGGAAAUGUGGAUUUCAACACUAAACUGUAUGGUCCCCAUGCAAGAGCUUUUUUUGAGCCUGGAUUCAUCACAUUCAGAGUCUUUAAUAAUGAAAAAGCACCCAUGGCUCUUUGCUCAGGUGUCAGACCAACCGGCUGUGACACUGAACAUUUCUGUAUUGGUGGAGGUGGACACUUUCCUGAGGCUGCCCCUAGACAGUGUGGGGAUUUUACGGGCUUCGACUGGGAUGGCUAUGGUACUAAUACAGAUUGGAGUGCUUCCAAAGAGAUGACCGAAGCAGCUGUGCUUCUCUUUUAUCGCUGAAACUCUGAUCAGCUUCCUGUCAUUCUUUCCAAGAUAUUCUAUACUGAUUAACACUUGAAUGUUACAUGCACAUUUAUUUGCUGAAAUAUAUUUCUUUACAAAAUAUAUAUCUUUUAUAUUGGUGUGUAAUUAGUGUGUAUGGUGAUUGUAACUAAAAGAACAACCAAUCAGAUUAGCCAUUUAUUGAGCUUCUAGUCUAUAUCUAACACCUCUCAAUGUCCAUGGGUUUUCUUUUUCUUUGUUCAGAAGUGGAUACAAAUGUAUUAUGUUCAAAUAAAACCAGUGGGUUGUCAAUACUGUUCAGUCAUCAGAGUCAAAAUGUACCUUAUUUUAAUUUCUAGACUUUAUUUCCCAUCACACGCACCUGACACUCAUCAGACCUCAUCACCAGCUCCAUAAAUAGAGCA